AAGCUAAAGCCCUCCUUUGUCUUGCUGUGACCUUCCCAACACUCGAUCUCCACUCUCCCGCCUUCUCGAGCUGACAGCAAAACCCUCAUCCGAUCACCCACACGGGCCCUGAAUUGAGGGACAAGCAUUCUUCCCUGCUUUGACAACCAUGACGAGUCGCUUGCAGGUCCACCUGAGCGCCAAGAACCUUAAGAAUCUAGGUGGCCUCCUAUCUGGAGUGUCGAAUCCCUUUGCGGUUAUAACAGUGAGAGGAGACAGUCCGAACAAUCCACCUCAUGUGCUCGGACAAACUGAUGUCGUCUUUGCAAGUCUCAACCCUUCAUGGUCCAAGAGUAUCUUCCUGGACGGAUACAAAUUCGGUGUGCCCUACUACAUAGAAGUCGGAGUCUUUGACUUUGAUGUGUCUCAAACCGGAAAGUCCGCGCGGCAACUAGCCCAGAUGGAUGCACACUCGCAACAGGCCAUCACGGGCGACGCAUCCAAUCGGAACCUUCUGCGCAAUGGCAAAUUUCCACACAAGAUCAUGGGUACCGCCUUGUUUGAAGUAGGUGAAGUGAUAGGUGGACGAGGGAAUAUGCGGUCCAAGUCACUGCAAACAGGAGGCGCCGUUUAUGUCCAUAUUGAACGAUGUUCAGCGGAAGGAGAAAAAGGAAGACUACGCUUUCAGCUCAGAGGAAGGAAACUUCACAACGUACAAUCGAUAGGCAAGAAAAGUAGCCCCUUCUUCGAAUUGUAUCGAAAAGUGGAGCGUCCCACUGGAGCCACAUGGAUGAGCGUUUAUCGUUCAAAUGUCGUGAAAAGUAGCUUGAAUCCUACAUGGAACCAAGUCACCUUGGAUCUGGAGGCGACUUGCAAUGGCGAUUUGGAUAGAGCUAUGAAAGUUAUGGUGUGGGAUCACAGGAGAGGUGGUAAGCACAAGACUAUGGGAGAGUUUGAGACUACGAUGCGAGGCUUCCUAGAAGCAAAGGAGGCCGGCGACAACUUUGAAUUCUCAGUGAUGAAAGUCGACAAAGACAUGGGGAAUGUUUUGGUACUGUUCGCAGAGCUUUUCCAAGCAGACGCAGAAAAUGGUAGUGUGGCAGUUACUGAAGCCGACCCAGCUAGUGCGCUACCUCCUCCAGAGCCAGAAAAAUCUCCAAAGCAAGCGAAACCAGAAUUCGUAGAUUACCUGUCAGGUGGUUGCCAGAUCAGUCUCGCGGUUGCAAUCGACUUCACAGCGUCAAAUGGAGAUCCAAGACAAGAAGGUACACCACAUUACUUCCACCCACCAGAGUCCAAAGAAUGGAACGACUACGAAAAAGCUAUAUUUGCUGUCGGGUCUAUAUUGGCAAAGUACGAUUCGGACCAGAAAUUUCCAGUAUGGGGAUUUGGUGCAAAAUACAACAACAUUGUACGGCAUUGUUUCCAGUGUGGCAGCGAAGUGGAAGUAGAAGGAGUGCAAGGAAUCAUGGACGCAUACAGAGGGGUCUUCCGAACACCUCUGACGAUGAGUUACCCGACUAAGUUCACAGAAGUCAUACAAACUGCUGCUUCGUACGCUAGGCAUGAGCAGGAGGUAUCCCAAGAGGAGAACAAAUUAUCGUACACAAUACUGCUCAUCCUGACUGCCGGCAACAUCGAAAAUGUGAAAGAAACGAAACAACAGCUGAUUGAGGCGAGCUCAGAUCCACUAUCGGUUGUCAUUGUUGGAAUUGGGGAGGCUGAUUUCAAAGGAAUGGCUUUCUUGGACGAACACGAUGCGGCGGUGGAGGAAGGCCGAGACAUCACCAAAUUCGUGAGAUUCAACGACUACAAAAGCUUCAACGCGCUUACGGAAGCAGUGCUAGAUGAAAUCCCUGAUCAGCUUGUGGACUUUUUCUUUGAACGAGGACUCUUACCGGGUCAGGUUGAAGGUUUGGACCAGAAUGAUGUUGAGGUACAAGACGCAGACGACGACGACAGAACGUUCACUUUCUUGGGCUAGGAUCGGCUUCAUCUUGAGUUGACCCCUCCAACAACAUGCAUCAUCGUACAGGCGUGGGAGUUGCAUUCGACCUACCCUCGAUGCCUCGCGCUUGCAAGAUCCGUCGGGAACAGUAUUAUCAAGGGAAGCCGCUCAUAACUGCUCGCUCUUCUUAAGCUUGCGGUAUCCCUUCAGUUGAUCUUGCUGUCGGUCUCUGCGACCUUGGUGAAUCCUAAAUUCGCUUUGGCACGAGGCCACCCAACCAGAACAAUCAGACGAAUGCGAGAGUUCGAGGUUGAAACCUUUUGUUAUGUCUCCAGUGUUGUUGUGUAAAGUACACCAGCAACAUGGGCCAUGUUGUACUCAUAAAAGUUGUAGAACAGAGAAAUCUCUUAGCGUUAAUGGCCGCCCUGGGUGGUUUGCUAAUCAUUCUGUUUCCAGUGCCAGGAGCUGUCUACGCGUUGGACAAUGAUGCGAGUGAGAGCUGCCACAGUGGA